AUGGAUGCUUACGAACAAGCUGUUCCUGAAUACACUUGGACAAAUCUUAUACUGCUUGGAGUCUUUAUUUCCAUAGCUGUAGUAUAUACCAGAAAAUUGAUAAAAAACCAAGCAACUGGUUUAAAAUAUCCACCUGUUUAUGAAGGCUGGUUGCCAUGGAUUGGAUGUGCUAUGGAGUUUGGUAAACAACCACUAGAAUUUAUCCAUAAAAAGCAACAAGAUCUUGGCCCUGUAUUUACAUGUAAAAUAGCUGGUGAAAAUAUGACAUUUUUGACUGAUCCUCAAGACUUACAUGCAUUUUUCCAGUCACCCUGUCUGGAUUUUCAAAAAGCAGUUCAAACUUCAGUGCAGAAUGUAGCCUCAAUAUCUAAGGAAUCAUUUUUCAAGUACCACAGUAAUAUACAUGAUUUAGUUAAAGGCAAAUUAGCCUCAUCACAACUAGCUGCUAUGUCUGAUAAAUUAUAUACUGAAUUUAAAGAACAACUAGACACUUUACCUUCACAAGGUACAGAAGAUUUAAAUAAGUUAGUAAGGUAUUUGAUGUAUAAACCUACAUUAAAUUGUUUGUUUGGUAGAAAUUCUCUUCCUGUUAACAACGAGGUAAACAAAAAUUGUUUUGAACAUUUUGUAAAAUUUGAUGAUCAGUUUGAAUAUGGUGCUAAAUUACCAGCCUUUUUAUUAAAAGCUUGGUCAAGUUCAAGAGAAUAUCUACUUAAAAUAUUCUGCAGUUUAGUUAAUGAUAAAAAAGAAAGUUCACAUCAGACUAACAAUGAUAAGACAUUAUUUGAGAGUCUUCUAGAUACCAUAGAUGAUCAAAGUUCACCUAAUUUUUGUCUAUUAUUGAUGUGGGCAUCAUUAGCCAAUGCUAUUCCAAUGACUUUUUGGACGCUGGCAUAUAUUCUAACACAUGAAGAUGUAUAUAAGAAAGUAUGUGAUGAGAUAAAUAAUACAAUACCAGAUAAUAUUUUGUAUAUUUUGAUAGUAUUUAAUAUAGAUAUAAAUAAAAUGGUGUAUAUAAAAAGUUGUAUAUUAGAAACUAUAAGAUUAAGAUCACCUGGUGUCAUACCUAGAUAUGUUGUACAACCAUUUCAAAUUGGGAAAUAUACAGUGCCUGUUGGACAUAGGAUAUUUGCUUCAGUGUUUUGGGCUCAUAGAAAUCCAGAUUGUUUCCAAGAUCCUAACAGAUUUAACCCAGAAAGAUGGGAUACGAAAGAUAUAGAAAGAAAUGUAUUCCCAAAAUAUUUUUUUCCUUUUGGUGGUGGAAGAUAUCAGUGCCCUGGCAGGUGGUUUGGUUUAAUGGAAAUUCAGAUAUUUUUGGUCAUGUUUUUAAAAAAAUUCAAAUUUGAGGUUUUUGAUUCAUUACCUAAACCAAGUUAUCUUCACAUAGUAGGUACACAACAACCAGCCACCAGUUUCAGUGUUCAAUACCAACAUGUUAGUUAG